UUUGGACGGCAUAUAAAAAGUCCGCGAGAUUCAAGUGCGGUACAUUCAACUUGAGGUUUACUCACGGUGAAGUCACGCAUCUCAUCUAGAAUGGCUUUCAAGCUGGUAGUGCUGGUGUGCGCGAUCGCGUCUGUUCGUGCGGGAGUGGUUGCCCCCGCCGUGUAUUCGCACGCCGCCCCCGUGGCCUACGCCGCUGCACCCGUAGUGCACGCCGCCCCGGUCGCGCACGCCGCCCCAGUAGCCUACCACGCCGCCCCCGUCGCCUACGCCGCACCCGUCGCUAAGGCCGUCGCCGUCGCCCCCGUCGCCAAGGUCGUCGAAGACUUCAACGCGCAUCCGCAGUACAGCUUCGCGUACGACGUUCAGGACGGACUUACCGGCGACUCCAAGACCCAGCACGAGUCUCGCGACGGCGACGUCGUCAAGGGCUCCUACUCCGUUGUGGACCCCGAUGGCACCAAGCGCACCGUUGAAUAUACCGCUGAUGAUCACAACGGCUUCAACGCGGUCGUGCACAAGGAGCCCCUCGCCGUCAAAGUAGCCGCCCCCGUGGUCGCUAAAGUCGCCGCCCCGGUAGCCUACCACGCCGCCCCCGUCUGCACGCCGCUCCGGUGGUGCACGCUGCUCCUGUAGCUUAUUCCGCCCCUGUUUACCAUCACUAAAUUAGAACAACCCCUAGUCAUUUUUAUUUAUUGUCAAAAGCAACCAUGACAUGAAAAUAAAGUCAUAUUUUUAUUAAA